UGAACUCCAUCAAUCCAUUGGCAUCUCUGGUGUACAAAGUUACCAUAAAUUAAUUGCCCGUGAAUAGUUACAUCUGGACUCAUUUGUCCGUUUUCUGUUGAGUAUUUUCAGAAGUAAUUGGGAGAACCCAGCUACCACUAAAGUAACGUACAGACUGAAAACUUGGACAUCACAAAUGCUGAGCAAGUUGGCUUCCGAUCUUCAAUUCGCUGCUGCUCAAAGCUCCAUACUGCCUAGUCACUGAUUCGGUGAACCUAAGUGAACUGUUUUCUCAGGCUUAUCACCUCCGAUUUGCUGCUGCUCAAAGCUCCAAGUUCCAUUUAGCUGCAGAUUCGAGGUCUCCUCUUGACCAUCUUUGCUGCCAGUAUUGGUGGCACCUUCCAGUAUGGUUUGAACCUGACAAUCAUUAAUGCACCAACAAUGUUUGUCCAGAAGUUCAUCAAUGAGACCUGGAUUGAACGCUACAACACACAGCUGGAGAACAGAGUCAUUACAUUCUUCUGGACCCUUAUCGUGGCCACUUAUUCUGUUGGAGGACUGGUUGGGGCUCUUAUUGCUGGACCCAUGGCUGUAAUAUUUGGAAGGAGGAAUUCACUGCUACUGAGCAAUGUUUUUGUGCUCGUUGGUGCGUUGCUGAUGGGUCUGAGCAGAACAGCCAAAUCUUUUGAGAUGAUCAUAAUUGGAAGAUUCUUUUCUGGAGUAAACUCAGGUGUGGGAUUUAACAUUAAUCCCUUGUACCUUGGUGAAAGUGCUCCAAAGGAGAUCCGUGGCACAGUGGCCCUCUCGUUUGCUCCAUUUACUGCAGGAGGAUUGGUGGUGGGACAGUUCAUAGGACUGAGAGAGAUUUUGGGCUCGGAUGAAUGGUGGCCCCUGCUGCUGGCAUCCUGUGCCGUACCAGCCCUGAUCCAGCUCGCCAUGCUUCCAUGGUGCCCGGAGAGUCCCAGGUAUCUGCUCAUCGACCGGAAAGAUAAGAACUCCUGCAUGAAGGCUCUGAAAAGGCUGCACGGUAAUAUCGACAUCACCGCAGAAAUGGACGAAAUGCUGGAAGAGCAGGCUGUGCUUGAAGGUCAAAGUACAAAGAGAAUCUGGGAGCUGUUCCAGGAUGGAGCCGUCCGGUGGCAGAUGAUCAUAACCUUUCUGCUGGGCAGCGCCUUCCAGUUAUGUGGCAACGAUGCUAUGUAUUACUACGCUGUAUAUGUGUUCCGUGCUGCAGGAAUUCCUGAUGAAAGGAUCCAGUAUGUCACCAUUGGAACUGGGUGCUGUGAGUUCACUACCUCAUUGACAAGUAAUCUGUUCAUUGACCGGACUGGACGCAAGGUGCUGCUUAUGGGAGGUUAUAGUCUGAUGGCUACUUGCGGAAUAUUGUUCACCAUCUCCUUGACUCUUCAGGACAAGAUCAGCUGGGCGCCGUUCCUCAGCAUGGCCUGUAUCUUUGCAUCGAUCUUAGGCUUUGGAAUUGGCCCAGCUGGUGUGUCUGCAGUCAUCCCGAUGGAAAUCUUUGACCAGACUGCACGGCCAGCCGCCUACAUGAUCAUUGGCUCCCUGUUCUGGAUAAACCUCAUUAUAGUUGGUCUGGCUUUUCCAUUUCUUGUUGCACAGUUUAAAUCUGCACCUUCCACCUUCCCACACACACUCUGGAGGAUUGAAGAUUCACCCAGUCACCAUUCCAUUGAAGAUUCACCCAGUCACCAUUCUAUUGAAGACUCACCCAGUCACCAUUGUAUUGAAGACUCACCCAGUCACCAUUCCAUUGAAGACUCACCCAGUCACCAUUCUAUUGAAGACUCACCCAGUCACCAUUCCAUUGAAGACUCACCCAGUUGCCAUUCUAUUGAAGACUCACCCAGUCACUGGCAACUGGUCACCCAGUGUCACACUCUUAGUCACUAGUUGAAAUACAGGGAUCUUGCAUAUUGUAGAGACUUGUCUGGCAGUGGGACUGGCACACACAGUCUCCAGCCAUCAGCAGGUCAGAAGCCAUAACAACAGAAAGGUUAGCUCAGGCUUUGCAAGAGGGCAGAGCUACACAAAAGUCCUACCAUAGAGGACUUUUGAGACUGAAGAAAUAGACCACAGAUGAGUAUGCACAAUGCUAUAAAGCAGGACUGCAGUGUAAAUGUGGACAGAGUCCAGAUCCUAGCAUGUACAUGGUGUUGUGUAGAAUUCAGAGCCACAUCUUCCAGCAUGGAAGUGGCAGCCAGUUCAAUUUCAUCACCUGUAGACCAUAUGGAGUAAAUCACAGUUGACAUGUCAGCUUCCACUCAACUAUAAGCCGAGGUCAACCAACUUGCGAGUGUUGUACUGGAAGCUCUAUCAGCUUCUGCUGAGGGUCCAGGCAAGAACUUUGAAGUUGCACUUGAAGAAUAACAUGAAAUAUGAAAAAAUAAACAGAGUGUUCCAAGAUCUCAGCACGUCAGGCAGCAUCCACGGAAAGUGAAAAACAUAAACAUUUCAAACCAAUUAUCUUUAGGAGAUGUGGAACAAGAUUAGAUAUGUAACACACAAAAUGCUAGAGAAACUUAGGAAACAUCGAUAGAAAGGAAUAAAUAGUCUCGGCCUGAAACGUUGACCCGUUAUUCCUCUCUAUGCUGUAGAUGCCACCUAACCUGGUGAGUUCCUCCAGCAUUUUGUGUGUGUUGCUCCAGAUUUCCAGCAUUGUGGAAUCUCUUGUGUUUAAGAUUAGUUGAAAGUAUGGACAUUGCAAGUCAAAUAUGUAAUGGCAAAUGCAUUUAAACAGUACACUACCAAAGGGCACUGACUCUGUCUUACUGUC